AUGACGGCAUUUUUUCCCAGUGUUCCCAACUGGAUUCAAGAUGCAAAGCAGGAGGAGGAAGAGACAGGCUGGAAAUUAGCCCCCAGACCAAGAGGUGAAGAGACCGAAAGUCAGGGAAAAUGCCAGUGUGAAAUAUCAGAGACCUCCUUCACUAAUGUGGAGAAGCUGAGAACUCACACGCUGUCUCACACCGAGCAGAGACCGUACAACUGCCCGCAGCUGCACUGCGGCAAAGCCUUUGCUUCCAAGUACAAGCUGUACAGGCACAUGGCCACGCACUCUGCUCAGAAGCCUCACCAGUGCAUGUACUGCGAGAAGAUGUUUCACCGGAAAGACCACCUGCGCAACCACCUCCAGACCCACGAUCCCAACAAGGAGGCCCUCCAUUGUCCCGAGUGCGGCAAGAACUACAACACGAAACUCGGCUUCAGGCGACAUCUGGCCAUGCACGCAGCUGCCAGCGGCGAUCUCAGCUGCAAGGUGUGCCUCCAGACCUUUGAAAGUACCCAAGUCCUGCUGGAGCACCUCAAAGCUCAUUCCAGGCGGGCUUCUGGCGGAGCGAAGGAAAAGAAGCAUCCGUGUGACCACUGUGAUCGACGCUUCUACACCCGGAAAGAUGUGCGGAGACACUUGGUCGUGCACACGGGGCGGAAGGACUUCUUGUGCCAGUACUGCGCUCAGAGGUUUGGGCGGAAAGACCAUCUGACCCGGCACAUGAAGAAGAGCCACUCCCAGGAGCUGCUGAAGAUUAAGACAGAGCCCGUGGACAUGCUGGGUCUCCUAAGCUGCAGCUCGUCUGUCGCAGUGAAAGAGGAGCUGAGUCCCGUCCUGUGUAUGGCCUCCAGAGACAUGAUAGGUGGUAAGAGCUUCCCUGGCAUGUUGCCGGUGGGCAUGUACAGCACGCAUCUCCAAACCAUGCCAAGCUCAGGGAUGCCCCAUUCUUUGGUUCCUAAUUCUCUUCCCAUGGGAAUGAACUAUCCUCUGGAGUCUUCUUCUCCCAUCUCCUCCCCACCGCAACCUCCUCCAAAGUAUCCACUUGGAUCUACCUCAUAUUUGCCUGAGAAACUUCCCAAAGUAGAGGUGGACAGCUUCUUGUCAGACUUCCCUGGCAGCCUGUCUCUCUCAUCUGGUGAGCCUCAGUCCUCUUCGCCUCAGCCCCCUCCCCUGGAUGAGGCUUUGCUUUCCAAGAGCCCUGCUAACCUCUCAGAGGCUCUCUGUGCUGCUAACAUGGACUUCUCUCAUCUUCUUGGCUUCCUCCCCCUCAAUCUUCCUCCUUGCAAUCCACCUGUGUCGUCAGGGGGAUUGGUCAUGGGCUACUCGCAGGGGGAGACGCAGCCACUGCUUACCACUUUGCAACACCAACCUCAAGAAUCUCCUGGAGCUGGGGCCUCGCUGAACUUUGGGCCCCUUCAUUCGUUGCCCUCUGUCUUCACCUCCAGCUUGAGCACAACCACGCUGCCACGUUUCCACCAGGCGUUCCAGUAA